AUGACAGAGGUUAAGCGAGCUGAGCUAAUCGUCUUCUGUUUCAUGCUGCUUCACGGUUUUGUAGCAGCAUUGAAUUGUACCAGCUCAAGCCCUGAAUCCUUGUUCAAUGCAUUUGAGAAGGAUUUAUUUCCAAAAAAACUGGUGCGGCCCGUAAAAAGGUUUUCAGAUCCAAUUAAUGUAACCGUCAGCAUCACUGUGGUGGGAAUUUUAGGAGUGAAUGAAAAAGCCCAAACCCUGACAACAUUCUUAUGGCAAGUCCUGGAGUGGGAUAUAGAGGGACUGAGCUGGGAUGAGAAGGAAUGUGGAACCAAAAGAGUCUCUGUCCCUCGGGAAAAGCUUUGGAGUCCAGAUGUCCAAAUCUCAGAGUUCAUGGACGAGGACAAAUCUCGCGAAAGUCCCUAUCUCUACUUAUACAACACAGGUCAUGUUUAUGAUGAUAAGCCAGUCAGAGUGAUCAGUUCCUGCCGAUUAAUAAUCUACACUUUCCCCUUCGAUAUCCAAAACUGUACUCUGACCUUUGGAUCACAUCUACACUUUGCUUCAGAAAUAACGAUGAAUCAAGGCGCCACAUCUGAGGAGAUCCUGAAGGAGUCCAGAGAAGUGAUAAAGACCAAUGGAGAGUGGGAGCUUGUCGACAUCAAAGUGUCCACAUCUACUCUGGUGUUAGAUGAGAGAAGCUACUCUGAGAUCAAAUACUUUAUCAUUUUAAGACGUAGGCCAAUCCUGUAUGUGGUGAACCUCCUGAUCCCCAGCUGCUUCCUCAUCACAUUGGACAUUUUCAGCUUCCUGCUGCCUCCCCAUAGUGUGGACAGAUGUGCCUUCAAGAUGACCCUCAUCCUGGGCUACACGGUCUUCCUGCUCAUCAUGAAUGACCUGCUACCUGUCACUGGGUAUACAACACCUAUUUUGAACGUUGCGUUCUCAAUCAGUUUCGCUCUGAUGGUGGCCAGCCUGUUGGAGACCAUAUUUAUCACUAAUAUCCAGUUUAGCUCCAGCCAGUACAAUGCGGUGCCUCACUGGGUCAGCGUCCUUGUGCUACACUAUCUAGCUAUAGUCGUUUGUCUCCCCCCGAAAAAGAAGAGUAACCGUGUCACCGUCUCCAUUCGCCCACCUGCUGGAGACAUCAUCCCAACAAAUGAGUUUCAGAGCAUCUCUGGUAGCACACCUUCAUUAAAACCCCCUCUGGAGCCAGCCCUGGAUGAACUGAUGAAGCUGAGCAAUGAUCUCAGGGUCAUCCGCCUCCUGAUGGAAAAACACUGCGAGGGAAGCAAAACAUCGCGGGAGUGGUACAUGGUCGGUAUAGUCAUAGACCGUCUGCUUUUUGGCAUCUACAUUGUCUUCAUCUUGGUCAGCUUUAUUACCAUUGUAUGUAUCUGGGUUUUUAGCAACUUACUGCACUGAUUUACCUAGCUGGAGAGUAAAAUCACAUUGAUAAGUUGAUCACCAACAAAAGUUUGAAUGAGCUAAUAGUUAACAAAAUGAGUGAUGACAUGUAGUAUCGUUUUGAUUGUCCAAGUAGUUCUGGUAGAAAAUUAACCUAUUCAUUUUUCUGUAUAUAAGAAUUAUUUUAAAUGUCAAUACUUCUCAGACAAUGAUUUGUCUCUGCCCUCAUGACCAUCAAGGAGCAGAAGGAACUUUGUGCCAAAAAGACUUUAACUUUGGAUGGCACCCACAUGAUUUGACUAUUUCAGACAGCUGAAGACUGAUAUUACCUUCAGAUUAGCUUUAGAAUACAUUUUUGCAGAGAACAAGGACUGUGGAUUUUUUCUAUCAUUGACAUCAGUACCACAUUAGGAAGGGAUGCCUUAAUGGCCAGCAUGAUGGGAGGAAUGAUUACAGCAAGCAAAACCUGUUACACUGUUAAUGGGCGCCUGAAUAUUGUUUUGAAAUGCGUCAUAAGAGCACCAUAUUUUGAAAUGUCAUGUGUGCGCUUUCAAUCUCAUAGAAGGAUCUUUUUGGC